AUGUUUAUUUAUUUGGUAGCUCCAGUGGCUACAUUAGCUAUUAUUUUUGGACUCUUACACAUCAGAUAUUUAGGUACAUGGUUACGAUCAUCGAUACGUUAUCCGCUGACUUUGUAUAAUGGAUUGAUAUGUAGACCCAUAGUACAAACAUCAUUAAAUAAUGAAGAUUUCGAAAGUAAUUUAACACCUGAAAAAUCGGUGGCUAUAACCAGUGAUAAAUUCGAAUCAGAGUAUGAAAAUCUCUUGACACAAAAAAUAGCCAUCAGCAAUAAUGAAAGAUUAUCGGAUGUCCUUUUGGGAGAAGAUGAAAUAAAAUUAAGAAACUUGAAUUUAUCACGACAAUCAUUUGAAAAUAUAGUAUUAGAAGAAAAAGACAAAGGUUUUGGAUUGCCUACUAUGAAAAUCCCUGAAUUACGAGUGAUGCAACAUGAUACUAGUGGAACAACUAAGCAAGAAAGAAAAGAAAACACAUUUGAAUCAUUGAAAAAUUCUAUUGAAAAGAGUAAUUAUGUAUUUUCUCAGUUAAACACCAGACAAAUAAAUAAUUUAAUUUGGAAGGAAACUUUAAAAGAAAGUGAGGCAAAACAGAAAUUGCUUGAUUCCGAUAAAAACGAAUUCAACGAAAUGUCAUCGUUUGAAAUAAAGGAACAUCUUGCUUCAACGCCAGAAAAUAAACCAAAAGCAGAAGAUACCUGUAAAUGA